AUGGCUACCUUUCCGCGUCCAGGCUCGCCAUCCCCAGCAGUCCCGCACUCGCGCCGAAGAGCUUCCUUGUCUUCAGUCUACACAUCGAAUAGUCCCGUCUUGGAUGAACAGUUUAGCCCUACGCGUCUUGCGGGCCCGCUCUUUGCACCGUCCUCACCUACGUUUGUUCGUUAUGGCACAAGUGCACCUUCGUCCUGCUUCCCGUCAAAGACUCCAAGACCUAUUCAACGGCAAUCCUACUACACGUUUGCGCACAAAGACGAGCUGCCUCACGAUGACGACAUGGUCCCUGUCGCUUCCCCAAAAACUGCCCUCAAGAGUUGUCUCAAGAGCCCACAAUUCUCCAACGGCAACCCCUCGUGUGUGAAGAGCCCGCGAUUCGCACCUCUCCCAAUGGCCACUAUCAAGUCGCGAAACGAGCCGUUAUGGAACGACGAGGUUGAAACAGCGGAACCAAUGUACAGCUUCGCAACAAGUAAAAAUCCAUAUGGAUUAGUGAAUACAGGAGAAGCACCAGGCUGGACUUCGUGCAGGGAGCGUGUCCCAACGCCUUUUCAGAGGGCGAGAGGUUCCGAGAUCUUGAACGGACAGCAGUCCGGAGAAUCGACAUUUUAG